AUGGCUGUAGUCAUCCGUUUACUGGGGCUUCCUUUUGUUGCGGGGCCUCCGGAUAUUCGUCACUUCUUCAAGGGAUUGACUAUUCCUGAUGGAGGAGUGCAUAUAAUUGGAGGGGAAAUUGGGGAGGCAUUUAUUAUUUUUGCAACAGAUGAAGAUGCAAGACGUGCCAUAAGUCGUUCAGGAGGACUUAUCAAGGAUUCAUUUGUAGAGCUCUUUCUUAGUAGCAAAGCAGAAAUGCAGAAGACUAUAGAAAUGAAGAAAACUGAUCGCACAGGAAGAGAGCGACCUGGAUCUGGGGGCGCAGGGGCUGGCAGCCUCUCUAAUUUUGGUGGGACUAUUAAGGAAGAAGUAAGUGAUUCUGGAUAUCAAGAUGCUGAGUUUCACACUAAUGGUGAUGAUUUAAAGCCAAGAAGGACACGACCAGCUAGAGCCAAAAAUCCUUACUUAUUUCUACGGGGUUUGCCUUACUUAGUAAAUGAAGAUGAUGUACGUGUGUUUUUCGCUGGUUUGUGUGUGGAUGGAGUAAUUUUUCUAAAACAUCACGAUGGCCGAAAUAAUGGUGAUGCCAUAGUAAAAUUUGCUUCAUGUAUUGAUGCUUCAGGAGGUCUCAAAUGUCAUAGAAGUUUUAUGGGUUCAAGAUUUAUAGAAGUAAUGCAGAGCUCAGAUCAACAGUGGACUCAGUUUGGUGGUAAGGUGGAUGAAGUUCCUUCUGAAGAACAUUCUCCACCAAGAGGAAUUGAUAGACGUCUUCGAAAACGGUCACAUUCAAGAUCUCCCAGAAGAACUCGUUCUCGUUCCCCUGUUGGAAAUUAUGUUCACUUAAAAAAUCUCUCUCUAAGUAUUACCAAAAGAGAUAUAAGAAAUUUCUUUAGAGAUGCUGAUCUGAGUAAUGAACAGAUUACAUUUUUAUAUAAAGAGGACAAAAGAACAAGAUAUGCGUUGGUGAUGUUCAAGACUUUGAAAGACUUUUAUUCUGCUCUGGCUCUUCAUAAGACUGUUGUACAGUAUCGCCCUGUUCAUAUUGACCCAAUUUCUAAAAAACGAAUGCAGAAAUUAAUGGAAUAUUAUGAAACAAAAAAACCUGGAUCAGUAGAGAAAGAGAGACCUGGACAUGUCUCACAAAAAUAUUCUCAAGAAGGCUACUCUGGUCAGAAGGUGUGCAUUUAUAUAAGAAAUUUUCCAUUUGAUGUAACAAAAGUUGAAGUGCAAAAGUUCUUUGCAGACUUUGCUCUUUCAGAGGAUGAUAUUUACUUGCUUUAUGAUGACAAAGGAGUUGGCUUGGGAGAAGCAUUGGUGAAAUUUAUAUCAGAAGAAGAAGCCAUGAAAGCUGAACGUUUAAACAGGCGAAGAUUUUUGGGGACAGAGGUAUUGUUGAGACUUAUAUCUGAGGCACAAAUGCAGGAGUUUGGUAUAAAUUUUUCCUUAAAGUCUAAUGAGAAAAUGCAAGAUAGUUCUGAGUCACAUGAUAGAGAUGACCAUUCCCAUUCAUUUGACUCAAAGGAGCCACCAGUAUAUUCAGUUAGCCCAUCUGAAAACUUCAGGCAUCAGUUAGAGGACACAAGAAAGCCAGACAAUUUCAAGCCUCCCCAGGGAGAUUUCAGACAGCCUGAUAGGCGCCCUCCUGAAGACUUCAGACACUCCCCAGAAGACUUCAGGCGCCCCCCUGAGGAUUUCAGGCACUCCUCAGAAGACUUCAGACGGCCCAGGGAAGAGCACUACAGGCGACCUCCUGAGGACUUCAGGCGACCUCCUGAGGACAACUUCAGGCGACCUCCUGAGGACAACUUCAGGCGACCUCCUGAGGACAACUUCAGGCGACCUCCUGAGGACAACUUCAGGCGACCUCCUGAGGACAACUUCAGGCGACCACCUGAGGACAACUUCAGGCGACCUCCUGAGGACAACUUCAAGCACCCCAGAGAGGAAGACUGGAGACGGCCUCCUGAAGAAGACUGGAGGAGGCCAAUCAAGGAGGAUUUCAGGCGUCCUCCCAAAGAGGACUGGAGACAACCCCCUGAGGGAGACUUUAGGCGACCAUCUGAUGAGGACUGGAGACGACCUCCUGAUGAGGACUUUAGACGGCCUCCUGAGGAGGACUUCAGGCGACCCCCUGAGGAAGAUUUCAGACAGCGCCCUGAGGAGGAUUUCAGACAUUCCCCUGAGGAAGACUUCAGGCGGUCUCCCCAAGAGCAUUUCAGAAGACCCCCCCAGGAUCAUUUCCGGCGGCCACACCAGGAUCACUUCCGGCGGCCAUCCCAGGAGCAUUUCAGACGGCCGCCCCAAGAGCAUUUCAGACGGCCGCCCCAGGAGCACUUCCGACGGCCACACCAGGAACAUUUCAGGCGACCACACCAGGAACACUUCCGGCGACCACACCAGGAGCAUUUCCGGCGCCCGCGAGAGGAAGAUUUCAGGCAUCCACCUGAUGAAGACUUCAGGGGCCCUUCCGAUGAAGACUUUAGGCAUCCGCCUGAUGAGGACUUUAGGAGCCCCCGGGAAGAAGAUUUUAGGUGUGCUUCUGAUGAGGACUUCAGGCAGCUCCCGGAGGAGGACCUUAGGGGGGGAGCUCUAGAGGAGGACCCCAGACUUGCUGAUAAUUUUAGACCGCCUGGUGAGGAGUUUAGGAGUCCACCUGAUGAUUUUAGAGGUCAUCGCCCCUUUGUGAAUUUUGGUCGACCAGAAGGUGGCAAGUUUGAUUUUGGAAAGCGUAAUAUGGGGGGUUUUCCUGAGGGGAGGUUUAUGCCUGAUCCAAAAUUAAAUUGUGGUUCAGAUAGAGUAACCCCUAUUAAGAUAAUGAAUCUUCCAUUUAAAGCUAAUGUUAAUGAAAUUUUAGACUUUUUUCAUGGCUAUAAAGUCAUACCAGAUUCCGUUUCAAUACAGUAUAAUGAGAAAGGAUUGCCUAUAGGGGAAGCCAUUGUUACUAUGAUCAACUAUAAUGAAGCUAUGGCUGCUAUUAAAGAUCUAAAUGAUAGGCCAGUUGGCCCUCGCAAAGUUAAGUUGAUUUUGCUCUAG